UGUAAGUGAUGACGUAAGCCGUUGCUACGACGCCAUUUUGGGCUCUAAACAAACCGUUGCUAUGCAGAGAGUUCAUGCUAUUCUUAUGGGUCUAAAACAUCACCUUACAUUUACAACUAUAUCAAUAAAAUAAUUGAUUUCUAAGAGUUGAGAGUAUUUUUUUCAAGUUUUAGACAUCCAAAACAAUAAACUUCAGUACUUCUUCAAUUCUGUCAGUACAAUUAGGCCUUUUAUUUUUUUUUCAAUAUAACUUUUACAGCAUAUGCCAGAAGUUUCACAGUCUGCCAUCUUAUGUUAUGAUUUUAAAGUAAGGUUAGAAAGUAGUCUGAUUUCGAUUUUAGAUAAAAGUUAUUAAAAAUGGGCAUGUGCUUUGUGCCUGACUGUAAACAUUACAGUGAAAAGGAUGUUUGCCAUUUCUUCAAAUUUCCCAAAGAUCCAGAAAAAAUGAAGAGCUGGUUGGCCGCUAUAAGGAGAGCAGAUCGAGAGCCAUCAUUAUAUUCUGUGGUUUGCAGCUGCCAUUUCAAAGAUGGAAAGAAGGAGAAUGGUCCAUCAAUUUUUGCAAGAAAUGAGAAGAAAGUAAUGGAUUUUCCAGAAACUGGAACAAGUCGUAAGAAGCGGUUACGGACAGAGGCAGAGGUCGAUGCAUUGGAUGCUGCACCACCACCACCCUCACCACCGCUGCAAGCUGAAGAAAAUUCUCCAUCAACCAGUAGGCCAAACAAUGAAGUCAUUCUAGAAGCUGAAAUUUAUUUUUUGAAGAGGGAAGUUGAGGAGUUGAAGAAAAACAAAACGGUCAAUCAAAGAUUCAAUUUUGAAAUGAUCAAAAACAGUGAUGAUUUAAUCAUACUUCACACUGGGCUGCCCAACAAAGAAGUAUUUGAAUAUGUCUUGGAAAUUUGCACAGAUCAAGAUUUCAAAUAUUGCUCUGGUUGGGCAGUGACAGCUGAUAAACAGGCAGUCUAG